UUCGCCAUGAGUCGCGUUCAGAUCGGGGGCAUGUCCCUAUUGUUGGUCCUUGUGGUGGCCGUUUGCACCACCCAGGCGGCGGUGGUGCGCAGUUUCCCGCCCUUCGAGCAGCUGCAGAGCCUGGAGAACCCCAACCAGCGAUUGGUGGUCCCCUUCGCGGACGAGGAUAACUACCGCCUGCCCAACGAGACGGUCCCCGUCCACUACGAUGUGAACCUGAGCACCAAUGUGCACACCGGAGACACCGUCUUCAACGGAACCGUUGCCAUCACCCUGAACGUCACGGCUGCCACCUCGGAAAUCGUGGUCCAUGCCCGCCAGCUGGAGAACUACACCGCCAGCAUCAUCCAGGUGGGAGUCGAGGGAGCCGUGGCCCAGGAACUGGACCAUUCGUACGAGGCGGCCCGCGAGUUCCUCACCUUCUCCAGGACGGGAGUCACCUUCCCCGCUGACACCACGUGGAUCCUCACGAUCAACUACCAGGGACACCUGCGCACGGACAACGGAGGCUUCUACCUGUCCACUUUCACCGACGAGGAGGGCAACACCAAGUACCUGGCCACCACCCAGUUCGAGAGCACCGACGCCCGCCACGCCUUCCCCUGCUACGACGAACCCUCGAAGAGGGCCCAGUUCACCAUCACCAUCAAGCACGACCCCAGCUACAACGCCAUCAGCAACAUGCCAGUGAACGAGACUGCCUCCAGCUCUGGAGUCACCUCCUUCGAGAAGACCGUGAACAUGCCCUCCUACCUGGUGGCCUUCAUCGUCUCCGAGUUCGUCUACUCGGAAGGAGAGUUGAAUGGCCUGCCGCAGCGCGUCUUCUCCCGCAAGGGAACUGAGAACGACCAGGAGUGGGCUCUGACCACCGGAAUGCUGGUGGAGAAGCGCCUCUCCGGCUACUUCGGCGUUCCCUUCGCCCUGCCCAAGUUGGACCAGGCUGGAGUCCCCGACUUCGCCGCCGGCGCCAUGGAGAACUGGGGUCUGGCCACCUACCGCGAAGAAUACCUGCUGUACAACCCCGUGAACUCGACCAUCAGCACCCAGACCAACAUCGCCACCAUCGAGGCCCAUGAGGACGCCCACAUGUGGUUCGGCGAUCUGGUGGCCAUCGAGUGGUGGAGCUUCCUGUGGCUCAAGGAGGGAUUCGCCACGCUCUUCGAGAACUUGGCUGUGGAUUUGGCCUAUCCCGAGUGGGACAUCUUCCAGACCUUCCAUGCCGGCUCCUACCAGAGUGCCCUGGUCAACGAUGCCUACGCAAGUGCUCGUCCCAUGAGCCACUUCGUCCAGAAGCCCUCCGAGAUCGCCCUGCUCUACGACUCCGUUUCCUAUGCCAAGGCGGGAUCCGUUUUGGACAUGUGGCGCCACGCCCUGACCAACACCGUCUUCCAGCGCGGUCUGCACAACUACCUGGUGGAUAACCAAUUCACCGCUGCCAAUCCCGACAAGCUGUUCGCGGGCAUCGCCAAGGCCGCCGUGGAGGAGAACUACGCGGUGCCAGCCACCGUGGCCAACAUGAUGGGCAGCUGGACCAACCAGGGCGGAGUUCCGCUGCUGACGGUGACCCGCAACUACGAGAACGGCUCCUUCACCGUGAGGCAGUCGGUGUACACCAACGACAAGGACUACACCAGCGACAAGCUGUGGUACGUGCCCAUCAACUACGCCGACUUCUCGAACCCCGACUUCCGCGACACGGAGGCCACCCACUACCUGCUCAACACCCCGGAGAUCUCCAUCGACGCUAAGUUGGACAACGCCAACUGGCUGAUCCUGAACAAGAAGUCCACCGGCUACUACCGCGUCAACUACGACACCGAGAACUGGCAGCUGAUCACCGACGGACUGAUCUCCCGCCCGCACAAGAUCGAUCCCCGCAACCGCGCCCAGCUGAUCAACGACCUGUACCGCUUCUCCACCAGCGGACGCGUGCCCCACGCCACCUUGCUGCAGCUGCUGACCUACCUGCCCCAGGAGGACCAGUACUCCCCUUGGUCCGCCGCCAACACGGUGAUCACCCUGUUCAACCGAUACUUGAGUGGCGAUGCUGACUACGCCAACUUCCAGUACUACGUGCGCGAGCUGGUGAGCCUGCAGUACGACAAGUUCGGAGUGAACGACCUCAGCGGAGAGCAGCAUUUGGUGAAGUUCACCCGCAACCUGCUGAUCAACAUCGCCUGCCUCGCUGGACUGGAGAGCUGCCUCACGGAGACCACCGCCAAGCUGACCGCUCUGGUGGAGCAGGGCACCGUGAUCGAACCCAAUCUGCAGUCGCAGGUCUACUGCAACGGUCUCAAGCAGGCCGAUGACAAGACCUUCGAUUUCGUGUACAACAAGCUGCUCAACUCCACCGACCAGGCCGAGCGCCGGCUCCUGAUCUCCGCCCUGGGCUGCUCCCAGAGCACCGCGCAGCUGGAGAAGUUCCUGGCCAGCAGCAUCGACAAGUCGAACAGCAUCCGCGUGCAGGAGAGGAUCACCCUGCUGAGCCCCGCCUACUCCCGCGGCGAGGUGGGUCUGCUGGCCGCCGUCGCCUUCCUGCAGGAGAACUGGGAGGAGUACGCCCAGCUGGACACCGGAUUCGGCGGAGUGAACCCUCUGUACAGCGACAUCGUCGGCAUCUCCGCCUACGUGGUGAACGACAAGCAGCGCGUGGAGCUGCAGAAGCUAGUGGACACCGUGAAGGACUCCGAGUACGUGCCCACCACCCUGCAGACCAGCGUGGACACCAAUGUGAACGCCAACAACGCCUGGCUGCAGUCCAACCGGGAGCCCCUCAUCACCUGGGUCACCGCCUACAGCACCAGGAGCGGCAGCUCCGCCUUGAGCGCCUCCCUGGUGGCCAUCCUGGCCUCCUGCCUCCUGGCCGCCAAGCUGUUCUAGAACGUAGUUUCCUAAGUUAGUCGUAGACCCGCACUCGUGCGCCAAUAAAUUCCUUUAAUACCCCAAA